GUGUUCAGAGCUUCUUCACCUGGCUGUUCUUCACCCCAGGAAGUUGUCAGUCUACUCUGUUUCAGGCACUGCUGGGAACGUGGAGCACGGUGACCAGUACCAGCUGAAGUUGGUUUAUGAACACAAUCUGCAGAGAACAGCAUGCAACAUGACCUACGGCACCUUUGGAGGGGUCACAGGCGUUGGUUCCUCCACAGUCGUGGCGUUUUCGGCUUUCCUCAAUGGCCGUUACCCCCCUGCUGACCUCACCGGAGACAUCACCGUGUCCUACAGCUCGCCGACAGGAGUUCCCAGGGUUCUUCAGUCCAAGUUCAGUCUUCCUCUGGCAUUGGUCUGUGUUCAGUCUUCUCCAGCCAAAACCACCAAGUUUAAGAUCACUGUGGACACCAACCAGCCACCAGUCGACCUCAACUCCAUCUUCCCAGAAUUUUCGGCAAAAUCGGAAGAUAAGGAUGGGAAUAGUUUGGCUUUCCAGUUCCUGUCAGGAGCCAAGGUUACUGUGCUGGCCUCCAAGACCUCCCAGCGUUACCCGUAUUCAGAGUGACAGUUUUGAGGACAUGUGGUUGGUGGUAAAAGGAGUUGGUCCAGAGAUUCGACCGGAAUUUCCUCCAAACUGGGAGCUGAAAGACUUCAAGAAAAGCUUCAGUGGACCCGCUCCGCGCUGCAGGAGUACUUCCUGUCUGUAGACCAACACC